AAAAAUAGAAUACAAUUUAACAUAUAAUAAACAGAAUAAAAUUCUCUCUCUCUCUCUCUGUCUUCUUCUCUCUCUUGUGUUUGAGUGUGUGGGCAGAUUAAAGGGAAAGGAGUGAGCAAUUCAUAGGCAGAACUUCCACAUGAACCCUCUGGAAACAUUCUCUUUCCAGCUUUUCAUCACCACUUUCAAGGAAAACACAAACUCAGUUUUCAUCUUCUCUCUCUAGAAAACCCCCCAAAAAAAAUUAAAAAAAAAACCCUCAAAAUUUGCCUUCUCCAAUUCUCAUCAAUCUCAUGGAUACUGCUCAAUGGCCACAGGAGAUUGUGGUGAAACCCAUUGAAGAAAUAGUGGCAAACACAUGCCCAAAACCAGGUGUUUCAGUUUUAGAGAGGAAAAUUAGACCCCACAAAGAACAAGCUUUGAAUUGUCCUAGGUGCAAUUCAACCAACACAAAAUUCUGUUAUUACAAUAAUUAUAGCCUCACACAGCCAAGAUAUUUCUGCAAAACUUGUAGAAGGUAUUGGACUGAAGGAGGAUCCCUUCGAAACAUUCCUGUUGGAGGAGGUUCAAGGAAGAACAAGAGACCCUCUUCAUCUUCAUCCACAAUAUCUUCUUCCAAUUCUGCCCCUACUCUUCCUAACAAAAUCCCUGAUUUGCCCCAUCAAAACCCUAAAAGUACAACCCUAAACCCUCAAGAUCUCAACUUGGCUUUCCCAUCAUCCUCUCACCACCAUCAACAAGAUCAUUUUAGCUCCUCCAAUAAUAAUCUCUCCGAGAUCGUCGUCAGUGGCAACCCUCCGAUUGGUGCCCCGCCGUCGUCGUCGCAGCAGCUUUCGGCUAUGGAGCUUCUCACCGGGAUGGCGAACUCUAGGGGGUUGAAUUGUUUCAUGCCAAUGCCUGUCCCUGAUCCUGCCUCCGUUUACACGGCGGGGUUUCCCGAUCUCCAUGAUCAGUUCAAGCCGAGCCUCGGGUUCUCUCUCGAUGGCUAUGGCGUCGUCCCGGCCGAGGCUAGCAAUGGCGGGGGAAGGCUUUUGCAGCUGCCAUUUGAGGAUUUGAAGCAAGGCUCUAAUGGAGGAGUUGAGGAAGGGAAAGGUCAGCAAGGAGAUUCAAGUGGGUAUUGGACUGGGAUGUUGGGAGGAGGAUCAUGGUAAAAAUUCUAAGGCUAUAAAAAUCACAAUUCCACAUUUUGGAUCAUUUUCAAUCCUUUUUUUUUCUCCUUAAUUCUUGUGUCCAAAUUGUUUUUCUCCCUCAAUUUCAGUCAUCAAACUGAUCUAUUUCUUUUCGUCAAUGGAUCGUUGUUUAACCCAUCUUUUUAUCUCGUUCUUUUCAUUAAGAUUCAUUGACAAAAUGAUCGGCUUUGAAAAAGAAAAAUCAAUCAGUUCAAUGACGGAAUUGAUGUAUAAAAACAAUUUAGAAACAAGAAUAAAGUUUUAGUAUAACAUGAACCCUCCUUUUCUUUCAAACCCUAGUUUAGUAGAUCAAUAUAAAUAGUUUCUCAAGUUUAAUUUAAUUUUCUCCUUGUGGGUGACUUUGGUUUGAAAUCCUUUUUUUUUCAUUACUAAACUGAUAGCACACUAUGAAUCUAUCUCUCUUAAGUUUUUGCUGAGUGAUUAAAAGAAAAGGGAAAUUUGAGCCCA